AGCCUCCGCCUCGUCUCGACGCCUUACACCCAGUGCCAACCGCCGUGCCCUCACCCUCUCUAUCUGCGCCGUCUCUCACUCUCUACCGCCGCCGCCGCCGCCCUACGCCACGCAAAAAGCGCCACAAGAUUCGCCCCUGCUGAAAACGCACUCGAUGGCGUCCGCGACGGGGGUUUCCUCCUCGGAGAUGGCGGUGGACCACGCGACGGGGCCGGGCGCCGUGGACAAGCCGCGGUUCGAUGCUCUGACGCCGAAUGAGAUGAGCGGCGGGAGGCCCCAGUUCCGGAAAGUGCCCGUCCCGCAGCACCGGUUCGCGCCGCUCAAGCGAUGCUGGAUGGAAAUCUACACACCCGUAUACGAGCAUAUGAAGAUCGAUAUACGCAUGAAUCUCAAGGCAAGGAGGGUGGAGCUAAAGACAAGGCAAGACACACCGGACGUGAGCAACCUUCAGAAAUGUGCGGACUUUGUGCAUGCUUUUAUGCUUGGGUUCGACAUUGCUGAUGCCGUCGCCUUGCUGCGUCUUGAUGACCUGUAUGUGGACUCCUUCGAAAUCAAGGACGUGAAGACCCUGCGAGGGGAGCAUCUGUCGCGUGCUAUUGGCCGCCUAUCAGGGAAAGGAGGCAAGACCAAGUACGCCAUUGAGAACUCUACCAGGACCCGCAUCGUUAUCGCUGAUACAAAGAUCCAUAUACUUGGAUCCUUUGUUAACAUCAAGGUCGCGCGGGAUUCGCUUUGCAGUCUCAUCUUGGGUUCACCUGCUGGCAAAGUGUAUUCUAAGCUAAGGGCUGUAUCAGCUAGGUUGGCGGAAAGGUAUUAAAUUAGAUUGGUUUUGCUUGUACCAUGUAACGGUUGCAGUUUUGCUGACAGUAUGUUUUACUAGCGGAUUUGUGUGCUCGGGGAUGCUGGGAGAUUUAAAUUGGUGUGUACAUGUGCUCUUGUGCCACCACAAUCUAUGUGGUGGGGUUGAUUUUGAUGAAAAUUAGUUAUUUUCUUAUCCUAACCCACUAUAAAUCGAUAAUAUAUGUAUUGAGGUGGGUAUGAGUGUAGCCAAA